AUUAAAACCAACCUACAAUUUCACCUUUAUAAUAAAAUAUUAGUCCAACAUGCUUCAUUUUUCAGCCAAUUCAAGCCCAAUUCAGGAGGCGAAUAGCCGUCUCGAAGUCCACCUAAACUCCGUAAAUGCCUGGCAAUCCCGACGCACUUAUUCCACCUCUAAAGAUGGUCGAUAUAUCCCUUAUCAGACCUCUGGUCCAACACGAGAACCUCCUAGGCCACGUCUCAGCGAAGAUCAGCGCAUGGCUAUCCGUACACUACGCUAUACAGCAAAAUGGAAAUGUAAAGAGAUAUCGGAGAAGCUGGAUUAUCCUUUAGAUCAGGUUAUAGAAGCUUGUGCCGGCCAUCCCUUCGGGUCACUUGAUACACGGCCUCAAAACGCCCCCCUUACCCCCCCCAGGCGCACUCCUCAUGGAAACUCGCCCCGCACACCUGGACUUAAGGCCUCCAGAUCUUAUACAUGGAUUAAACUACAUGUCUAUCGUUUCCUCGACAAAUAUCCUAAUGUAUCGUGGGAGAAGUUACGUCUUUUUACCGGUGCGUUGUGGUAUACCGACACUGAGGCCAUUGCCCGGUCCCUGGAGCGUUCUAGCAGAAAGCCUACCGCAUUGUAUCGUGAAAUCGGGCUUACACAACAGCUGCGUGAUGUGCGGCUAAGGUAUGCUCGUAUGGCCUUGGAGCAGAGGCCGCACCCCGAUGACUGGGGCCAGGAUGCCAUGCGAAAUGUGCUCUUUAGCGGGUUCGUAUUCGCCCAUGCCAAUCCACAAGACAAGUCUUGGAUAACCCCAUAUGACUGCGAGGAAUCAGAGUGGCAGUUACUGGCACGGGAGGGCCAUGGCUAGGUGCUUUGGGCCUCUUUCUUUGGUAGGGAACCAGGGCCUUUUUUUAUUUGGCCUCGAGAUGGUGAGGGUAUCACGCCGGAAAAGUUCAACAAGUACAUUAUACCUCUCCUCGACAGAUAUGCCCACAAGGUCCCUGGUCUAGUGCUUCAAGUGGAGGAUUUCCCAAUUUACCACGAUACCGGCGUCCAAUGGCGUCUUGAUGAACUUGGGAUUCGCGACUUGUCAUUGCCUAAGAGCAGUCCAGACUUAAGCCCUAUGAGAAAUGUAUGGCGUUGGAUGAAUGGACAUUUUAUCGACACUUUCCAAAGCCAGAACCUUAACGUUGACAGUCGAGAUCUUGAUUUAGUUAAGGUUAUUCUAUCCCAAUGUUGGCAAGCAAUUGACCUAGAACUAUUGGAAAAUAAUGCUAGGGGUAUGCCGGGAUUGUUAGAAGAGGUUAUCCGUACGAACGGGGAUUUUAUGUAGCUUUAAUAAAAUAAAGGUUAUAAAAUGUACCAUAUUAUCUUACAUCUUUUUGAUGUAUAAAGGGUUGGUAAACUUCGAGUAAAUAACAAAUCGUCGCAUAUAUAAAGCCAUAAAAUAUCAACGCAUUGGAACAUUUC